CACUCACUGAUAAUCUCAACUGUUCGAGGCAAUUCAACAGAUAACAAUGCGGAAGUUUGGUCUAAAGCCACCUGAAAUAACUUCCACGAGCUCUUCCAGCUCUUCUGAUAAAGCUGCCUUUGAUAGUUUUCAUUAACUCCUCCCAUAUUUGCUCCUCAGAGUCCCUUGGCUUAGCAGCCCCAGCCUUUGAAGUCCAACCUAAGCAUUCUUAGAUGAUGAGUGAGGGUCUGCCUUCCCCAGCACCAGCCACUUAGUCAGGCUUGUGGCUGGUCUAACAAACUGGAGCCUGGAAUUCUGAGAAAACGAAACCAAACAGUUGUACUCCGGGGUUAACACAGAGUAACUUCCACCUGCUGUGUGAGUUGGUGAUCCUUUCUCUUGCUGUUGGAGAGCCCCAGUGAAAACUUCACUGAAAUGAGAGGGCAUGGAGCCUGCCAGUCGCCUGCCCUGCACACACACACACACGCAAACACAUUUAACUUUCCACUUGCAGUGACCUGCCCUCCAGUGUGACUUAUCAGCUGUUUGGCUUUUGUCACUAAAGGAAAACAAAUUGUGGAAUGUCCUGCUCUGCAUGCUUAUGAGAUGGCCGAGCCAACUUAGGGGUUAUGAGGUGGUUUGCAAGUGAGGAGAAGAAUGAUGUUCAGUUUCUGACCUCCUGGCACGGUGGCGGGCGGUAUUUAUCAGGAGGUACAUGUGACUGGUUAAGACUCAGAGCCCCAGCCUGAAGGAAACAGCUGCUCUCGGCGUGCUCCGGCACUUGGCAGCUGGACAGGCAGAGUGCUGAUGUGAAAAAUACCACCACGACAAAACCAUCCCAGUUCUCCAAAGUACUUACCAUUCAGGUUGAAUAAACCAGUUCUACAGACUGCUUCUUCUGUGCAUUUCCCAAUGGUGCUAACUGCCCUUAAAAUUAUUUCAGAUUUGGAACUCUAUCUGUAUGGAAACAACAGAGUUUUCUUGAAGUACAACUAAGGACAGGUCACCACUAGGCACUAACGUCACUGACUUGCAUGAUUAUGGAGAUGGUCUAUCUGAUGCUGAAAAUGUCUCUGGUUUUUUGACAACGGCUAAAUAACCAUGGGAUCAAGUGGCCUUGGGAAAGCAGCAACAUUAGAUGAACUGCUGCACACUUGCAUUGAGAUGUUUGAUGACAAUGGAGAGCUGAAUAAUAGUUACUUGCCAAGAAUAGUUCUACUGAUGCACCGAUGGUAUUUAUCUUCCACUGAGUUGGCAGAAAAACUUCUCUGCAUAUAUCGAAAUGCCACUGGAGAAAGCUGCAAUGAAUUUCGAUUAAAGAUCUGCUACUUCAUGAGGUACUGGAUUCUGAAAUUUCCUGCAGAGUUUAAUUUGGAUCUUGGUUUGAUUCGUAUGACUGAGGAAUUCCGGGAAGUAGCUAGUCAACUAGGAUAUGAAAAACACGUCAGCCUCAUCGACAUAUCCAGCAUUCCUUCCUAUGACUGGAUGAGAAGAGUCACACAGAGGAAAAAAGUAUCCAAGAAGGGAAAAGCCUGUCUGCUGUUUGACCAUCUGGAGCCCAUUGAAUUGGCUGAGCACCUCACUUUUCUGGAGCAUAAAUCUUUUAGAAGGAUCUCAUUCACUGAUUACCAAAGCUAUGUCAUCCAUGGCUGCCUGGAGAAUAAUCCAACUUUGGAAAGAUCGAUAGCUUUAUUUAAUGGAAUCUCUAAGUGGGUCCAAUUGAUGGUUCUUAGCAAACCAACCCCCCAGCAAAGGGCAGAAGUCAUCACAAAGUUUAUCAAUGUUGCAAAGAAGCUCCUUCAGCUCAAAAAUUUUAACACCCUGAUGGCAGUGGUGGGAGGCCUCAGUCAUAGUUCCAUUUCACGCCUCAAAGAGACGCAUUCUCAUCUUUCUUCAGAAGUUACAAAGAACUGGAAUGAAAUGACAGAGUUGGUCUCCUCCAACGGUAAUUACUGCAAUUACCGCAAGGCCUUUGCCGACUGUGAUGGCUUCAAAAUCCCCAUCCUUGGAGUACACUUGAAAGACUUGAUAGCAGUCCAUGUCAUUUUCCCAGACUGGACAGAGGAGAACAAAGUGAACAUUGUGAAAAUGCACCAGCUCUCCGUUACUCUGAGUGAACUAGUCUCCCUGCAGAAUGCCUCUCACCACCUAGAACCCAACAUGGAUUUGAUCAACCUGCUCACGCUUUCCCUCGACCUCUAUCACACUGAAGAUGAUAUUUACAAACUGUCACUGGUGCUGGAGCCUAGAAAUUCUAAAUCGCAGCCUACCUCCCCUACAACACCCAACAAGCCUGUGGUGCCCCUCGAGUGGGCAUUAGGGGUGAUGCCAAAGCCAGACCCCACGGUCAUCAACAAGCACAUAAGGAAAUUAGUUGAGUCUGUAUUUAGAAACUAUGAUCAUGACCAUGACGGGUACAUUUCCCAAGAGGACUUUGAAAGUAUAGCUGCCAAUUUUCCCUUCUUGGAUUCCUUCUGUGUGCUGGACAAAGAUCAGGAUGGCCUAAUUAGUAAAGAUGAAAUGAUGGCUUACUUCCUGAGAGCGAAAUCCCAACUACACUGUAAAAUGGGACCAGGAUUUAUCCAUAAUUUUCAGGAGAUGACCUAUCUCAAACCAACCUUCUGCGAACACUGUGCAGGAUUUCUCUGGGGCAUAAUCAAGCAAGGAUACAAAUGCAAAGACUGUGGAGCCAAUUGUCACAAACAGUGCAAAGACCUCCUGGUUCUGGCCUGCAGGAGAUUUGCCCGGGCGCCCUCCUUGAGCAGUGGUCAUGGGUCACUGCCUGGAAGCCCCUCGCUGCCCCCAGCACAGGAUGAGGUGUUUGAGUUCCCUGGAGUCACUGCUGGACACAGGGAUUUAGACAGCAGAGCCAUCACACUGGUUACAGGCUCUUCUCGCAAGAUCUCCGUGAGGCUACAGAGGGCCACCACCAGCCAGGCCACCCAGACUGAACCUGUCUGGUCAGAGGCUGGCUGGGGGGACUCAGGGUCCCACACCUUCCCUAAAAUGAAAUCCAAGUUCCAUGACAAAGCAGCAAAGGACAAAGGCUUUGCCAAAUGGGAAAAUGAGAAGCCCAGGGUGCAUGCUGGUGUGGAUGUUGUAGACCGGGGCACGGAGUUCGAACUUGACCAGGAUGAAGGAGAAGAGACCAGACAGGAUGGUGAGGAUGGCUGACUUCAGGCUGCGGAAACUGAAGGCAAUAAUGUGGGCUUUCGGAAGGGCAAGAUGAGACACUCUGAAGAAAGCUGUGACUCUCAGGAAGUUAUCUGGAAAGAUACCUGGAUGUUCACUGCCUUGGGACACUGUGGGAUCUCCAUGUUUGGACUAUGGGACAGAGAAUUGACCCUAACUAUGAACUAUUUAUUUCCUGCUCCCCUACCCCUAGUUAAGUGCCACAAAGACUGUGUUAUGUAGUCAGUACUUUUUUCAUGUAUCUUUCUCUAGAGCCAUUUAUAUACGGGUGAAACGAAAGCUUUUUUGCAUGUACUUGAUACUCAUUCUGUAAACUCAGACUUCGCUUUUUUUGUAAGAAUAUCCUUUCAAUACUUUUAUAAACUUUUGUGUGUGCUGUGGCGGGGAACAGUUAACAAGGAGAUGAUUUAGAGG